AUGAAAAUGGAGAGAGCUCUCAUUCUAAAUGGCAAACCAUUGAUUCCUCCUCCAUUGACAAUUGAAGAACAAUUAAAUGAAAGACUUGAUAGAACAGGAUAUAAGAUUGAUGAUUUAAAUAGAUUGAAUGAAAAGCCAGUUUUACAAAUAGUACAUAUUUAAUAUAUAGACUAGAUAGAUCUUGAUGGUCUUACUUCAGGUUACUUAAAUAAAAAUCCCUUAUUUUAGAUGUUGAAACAGGAAAUAAUGAAUUGGAAUGAAAAAAUAACACUUUAUAGAGCUGAACAAAUCAAAUUAUAAGAUCCAUUAGUUUCUGACAAUCUUUAUAGAUAACUUAAGAAUUCACUAUUGGAAGUGGUUAGUACAAGGAACAAAAUAUAACAAUAAGAUUUUCUAAAUAAAGUAUCUAAUUGGUUCUUUUCUUAAUUGCCAAAAUCUUAAACUGCUUCAUUGAAAUAAUCUCUACUUGAGAAAAAGGACUCUGUAAUUAAUUUAUUAAUAUUUAAGACUCUUCACUUUAUUCCUAAUACAUAUAAUGAAAAUAAGUAUGCAUCUGGAAUUGAAGACUAUGCUCUUAAAUUUCGAUCAGUUCAUCCUGAAUUUGAUCCUCCUGAAGAUAGAGUUAAAACCUAUUAAAGAAAAAACCUUUUAUCAGAUACUAGUACUCGUCCUGGUACUACUCCAGGAGUCUUAGGAAUUUCACAAUUUACUAGACCUUAAACUUCUCAAACUACCUAUAAAAUGAUUGAUUAAGUUGAAAAACUCUAAAGACCUAAAACUAAUUAAUAAUAUACACUUCCUAAAUAAUAAUAAUCUUGGAUGUAUGAUCCUAAUUUUCCAGUACUCUAAACUAAUGAUGAUUAAUAAUAAAAAUCAACCAGAAGAUAAAUUCAAAGGGAAGAAUCUCCUUUAAAAGCUGAUAAACCAACUGAUAGAGAUAAAUUAGAGUAAAUUGAAGGUAUUGAAUAAGAACAAGAAGAGGAUGAAGAUUAAUCUCCAGAUAAAUUAGAAGAAUCAAACAAAAAUUUAGCAUCUUAAUAAGAAAUAGCACCUAUAAAAAAGAUUAAAAAAAAAGGAAGAUCUGAUAAAUAUAUUAGUAUUGCUCCUACAAAUAAAACUUAUAAGACUGAUAUCGAAACAUAAAAUGCAUAUUAAAUUGGAUAAAAGAGUAGAUUAGGAGAAUUUUAAGGAACAUUUCAUAAUUAUGAUCCUACUCAAAUUGAAGAUAAAAUGGUAGCUGCUAAAUUAAAUUAAUAUUAUACUGAAUAAAGAGUUAAAGAAGUAAAAGAAUAAAGAGAAGAUAUAGAAAUGGUUUAAUCAAUGAAAGAUUGGGCAUCUAAUAAAAGUAGAAUUGAUGAAAUGGUACUUCAAUCUGAAUAUGUAUAUUUAAAUUAUAAUCUUUAUUAGUUAACAGCCAUGGGUUCACAAUAUUCUAAUGUUGGAAUCAAAAUUUCUGAUUUAUAUGAAUCUAAAAAAAUGGAUUUGGCUGAAGAAAAAGCAUAUUCUAAUUAUCUUAAAAGAUCCUCUUUACCAAAAGCAAGAAUGGUAUAGAGUGCAGUACCUAUGGCUAAGAUAGUUUAAAACACUGUCAUACCUACUUAAGUGGAGGAAGAGGCAGAAGAUUUUUAAAGCAAAUAAGCUGAUCUUGAAAAAUAAAUUAAUUCAUAAAGACUUCAAUUGUUAAAAAUGUCUAGAGGAGCUUGUUUACCAGGUGGUCUUAUAAAUAAUCCUAAUCAAGAAACUAUUUAAAGUAAUAGGAUUAUGUCUUCUAGUUGUUUUAAGAGUACUUAACCUAAGAGAUAAUUUAGUUCGAUUUUAAAAACACAUAGUAUUAAAUAAGAAUUAGACUCUUAAGUAAUAAAUAAUUCUAUUCAAUUAUUUAGAUUGGAGAAAUUAAACAAUUAAAAAAUAGAUUAGCAUCUGCUAAUAAAUUUGUUCCUAUUAAUAUUCUUUAAAAAUCUAUAUUGAUACCUUAAGGACAUUCUAAUCCUUAUAAAGUGCCUCUACCUAAGCCAGGAAUUCUCUUAGCAAACCUUCCAGUUGAUUCAAAAUAAAACAAAAGUAAAAAAAAGAAAAUAUAAAAAUGA